AUGAAAGAGGAAACAUCUCCUUAUACUUUUGUUGGAAGUAAAACAUUGCCUCAUUUCAGAUCUUUAUCAUGUGAUUAGCCACCUGUUAUAUAUGAGAAAAACCAUAAAGUAGAGAAAGUUUGUGAUGAAUACUUGAUAUAGAAACUUGAAAGAUUAUCAAUAAAAAAUGAAAUAACUUAUGAUAAUGAAAAUGAUUGUUUCAAAUAAAGUGUUGCAAAGUCUUUAUUACUAAAUACUUAAACAAGAUAUUUUCAAGGAGAUCUAUUUAGUUUUUGUUAUCUUUGUAAGAAAAUAGGACAUGUAUAAAGACAAUGUAUAUCAUAACAUCAAGAUUUCUGUAUGUAUUGCUUAAAAGAUGAUCAUCAUUCUCAUGAAUGUAAAUAAGUUGCUUGUUUUAAAUGUCAUCUUAAAGGACAUAGAAAAGCAGAAUGCAAAACAAAGAUAUAAAUACAUUAUAGACCUAUAUUAGUAACUUUAAAACAUUUUGAUUAAAUUUAAUGUUUAAAUUGUUUGUAAAUAGGACAUAUCACUUGUGAAUUAAAUUUAAAUAAAGACUUAGUGUAUUGA